UGUUAUAUUUUAAUGAGCCUCGUGACAACGUCAAAAGCAUUGUCGAUUUUAUUAUUGGAGCCUAUUCCAUCGACCAGCCAUCACGUUUGGGCAGAGAAUUUAAUUAAAGGAUUACUUCGCAAAGGCCAUCAUGUACAUAUAACGAGCAUACACGAAACUAAGAUUGAGGGUAAACUCGCACAGAACUUGACAUACGCCGUAUUCGAUGAUGUGAUGAAAACUUACGAAGAAUCCGAGGAUUAUAAUCCGUCUGAGUGGGAACAGUACAGUGUAUUUUAUACGGGAUAUUUUACAUAUCAAUGGGGAAUCAAUGCAUGUGAGGCAAUAACAAAGACUAAAGCAGCGAAAGAGCUUUUGGAAAUGAUUAAGAAUGUCGAGUUUGACGUUAUAGUGCAGGAUAUUACAUUAACUCAAUGUUUCUACGGAUUGUGGGAGAUAGCUAAAGGUAAGCCACCUAUAGUAGGUUAUAUUCCGUUUGGUCCUGCACCUUGGCUCAAGGAUUUUAUCGGUGGUCCAAGUUAUCCAACUGUUCGACCUUAUACACAUGCAGCCAUUGCGAAACCCAUAGAUUUAUGGCAGAGAACAUGGAAUACUUUAUAUUAUAUUAUGGAUGAUCUCAUGCGACAUUACUAUUUUUUACCUACUGUUCAACGGCUUGCUGAGAAAUAUGUGGGCCAUGCAAUCAGACCAUUAUAUGAAAUAGAAAAAGACAGUAUUAAUAUUGUACUAAUCAAUAGUCAUCCUGCAUUUGAUUCUGGGAUUCCAUUGCCGCCGAAUACCUUGGAGAUUGCAGGAUUAAAUGCUCAGCCCGUAAAAUCGAUUGUCGACGAGGUAGUCGUAACGUAUUCCGAGGAUGUGCGUGUAUUUCUUGACGGAGCAACGGACGGAGCACUCGUAAUAUCUUUAGGAACAAAUAUAAAAUGGAAAUCGAUUGGAUUAGACAAGAUUAAGACCGUUAUCCUAGCUCUGUCAAAAUUAAAGCAACGAAUUCUAUGGAAGCUUGAUAUUGAUGAACCAUUUGAAGUACCGGAUAAUCUAAUGACUAUGAAAUGGAUAAUGCAAAAAGAAGUUCUAUCUCAUAAAAAUAUAAGAGCGGUUUGGACUCAUGGUGGUCUUCUCAGCACACAGGAAGCUAUUUGGAAAGGUAUACCAGUAAUCGUAAUGCCUUUUUUUAUGGAUCAAAAAUCCAAUGCACAAAUAUUAGUAACUAAAGGCGUUGGCAUAUAUUUGGAUGUCAAAACUUUAUCUACGCAAACUAUAUUACACGCAGUUGAAGAAAUAUUUUACAAUGAAAGUUAUACAAAAAACAUGAAACAGUUAUCCAGUGAAUUCCGAGAUCGACAAAUACCGCCAUUAGAUUUAGCUAUUUGGAGCAUUGAAUACACCGUCCGCCAUCCAAAUGGAACUUUGGUAACGCCGCUGAAAUUUCAAAGUCGAAUACAACAGAAUUUAAUUGAUGUUUACGUAUUUUUAUUUUUUAAUAUCAUCAUAAUACUGUUAACUGGAUUCUUUGCAAUAAAAAUACUUAUUUAUUUUUAUUAUAAUCAUAUAUAUACGGCAUCUAAAUUUCACAAAAGCAAACAGUCGUAAAAGCCGCUAAAAUACAAUAUUAAUCAUCAAUAAUGUAGUUAAGCCCUGGCGAGGCCUGAUGGCGCC